AUGUCUGCAACCAAUUCAUGGCCAUCAGAAAAUCAUGUGUGGUACUGUUCCUAUGGAUCCAAUUGUAAUAUGGAACGUUUUUCGGUCUAUUUGAAUGGUGGAAAACCCAUCGGAAGUUCUUUGAACGCUCCGAUCAUGAGUGGAUGUAGGAUAUCUUCUCCUCCUCUACAAUCACAGCCUAUUCUUUUAAAAGAAUGUAAAAUGAUAUUUUCAAGAGUUUCUCGGACAUGGCACGGAGGAGGCGUUUGUUUUGUCAGGAAAAAUCAUAGAGAUGCUCCUUUUAUUUGUGGUGAUGAUAUUUAUAAUAAUUUCGAAAAUUGUAAAAACAAAUCUAGAUUUGAGAAUAGUUGUAAUUGUAUCAUAUCUUCCGAAAGUGAUUUUAAUGUACAUGAUGAUCACGUGUUGGGUAGAAUACACAAAAUUAUGUGGACUCAAUUUGUGGAUGUUGUUUCACAAGAGAAUGGAUGUUUGGAUUGCAAACUCGAAGGUAGAAAUCAUAUUCAACAGCAAUUAGAUGAUCACUAUGAAGAUAUAAUUUCUAAACUACGAGCAACUGGAGAAUUCAAAUUAUUUGACACGUGGUAUGGCAAUAUUGUAUUAAUUGGUUUUCAUCCUCAAGACGGGUGUCCCGUAAUAACAUUUACAACGAGCACUUUUGAGCAAGAAGUGAUCAAUAAGGCUCACGAAUCUUAUUUAAAGACAGUCGCAGUAGGAAUUAUGGAGGUAUUUGGAAUUUGUGAAAAGCAAUGUGCCCUGUACUUUCUGUCCAAGAAGGGUGUGAAAGAUUUUUAUUCAUUAAGCGAGUUGUCACUCAAACUGUGCUAA